GCUGAAAGUUUUGGUUUUGGUUUGUUUAUUUGGGACCUUGUCCAAAAGCCAAUUUGGAUGAAAAGAAUUAGGGCUGGCAGCAGUGAGCUCGUUUUCAGUAUUAUGUUUGUUAGGACCUAUCCAGUUUUUCAUGGCAGUAAGCUUUAAAAAUCCUUAAAAAUAUGGCACAUUUUAACAUCGUAAGUAAUGCGUUGGUUACAGAUGGGAGUUAAGCAACUCACUGAAAUAAAAAAGCAGAUGAGCAGAUGCAGAGUAAUGACUUACCUCCUCCUGAAGCGAAGUGAAUAUUCCUCAGUUGUCCAGCUGUGUGUUGGAUCUUUUGCACCUCAUCUGUAGAGUCAUUUGCUCCCUGUGAUAUUUUAAAAUUUACUUAUUUAACAAAUACAUCCUGAUAAAUCAGUUAUCUGUGCGAGUUUUCACUUCCUAUGAAUCAGUUAUUUGCUCCCUCUUCCUCGAUACUUUUUCCUUCAUUAGGCUGUCGGGUCACCACCACUUUCUGAAUGUCCUUCCGCCUCCCUGGUCACUCUUCAUAUGUCUCCAGGCUUCUCUUCUCAGCCACCAAAUGUUAGACUGCUACCGUAUUUGGUUCUUGGCCAGAUUCCCUUUUGAACCAUAAUUUCUCCCAAGGCAGUUUCUACCCCAAGCCAUGUUUCAUGACUAUAAAUACCAUCUAUAAGCUGAUGACUUCCAGAUUUUUCUUUCUAGCUUCACUUCUCUCCUGAGCUCUAGAUUAACAUCUAGUAUCUAGCUUAACAUCUCCACUUGGAAGUCUGAUGGGCAUUUAAAUUUAGUGUGUCAAAAAGAAUUACUGACAGGCACCCACCCAGUCCUCCCUCCUGUUCUCCUCUCAUUUACCUUCCUGAUCACAGAAAAUGUUACUGCCAUCCAGUGAGGCUGAAAGUUUAGGGAUUGUCAUUUGACUCCUCUUUUCAGCUCAGACCCCACAUCCAAGCAUCCAGCAAACUGUUGACUCUGCCUUGAAAAGAUAGCUCAAAUCCGAUCAUACGUUAUGCCCUCUCUAAACAAACUGCAAUCCUCUUUUACCCGGAAGACUGUGAAGACUGAUCACAUCUUCCCGCCUCUACCCUCGCUCUUGUCUUCAGUGUUUCUCCAAACAGCAGCUAUUUUUAGAAAUAUCUAAUCAGGGCUUUCCCCUCUCUUCAGAACCUUCUGGUGGCUUCUCAUCAGAAUCAUAAAAACAAAAUUCGGACCGUGGCUGCAGACCCUGUGUCAUCACACCCCUGACUGCUUUCCUGGUCUCUUCUCUGGCUUCCCCAUCCUGCUCACUCAGCUGGAGUAGCUCUGAUUUGCUGCCAUUCUCCUUGCCUGAAGGGGUCUCUGCUAGACUGUCGUAGGCUGUACACCUUCACUUUGCCCAUUCCCCCCUUCUGGCUGUCUCAAGGAUUACUGCCUUAGUCCUAGUAACAUCUUCUCGACCCUGACUGUCUGGGUCAGUGGCUGUUAGAUACCAAACAGUACUCUCUAAUAUCCCAUGAAGCUGAUGGCACUUUUAAACCAUUAUUGGUUGCUAAAGCUCUCUAGUGUUAAAAGAGCACAAGCAUCUUUCUCUCGUCUCAUUCUGAUAAAAUGUAGUUUGCUCUUACAGUCUGCGUUUUUGUAAAAUGUUGUUCCUGGUUUUGAGAAGAUUUGCCCUUUAAGGCCAAUUCUCAUUUUGAAACAUAGAAAAUGAAAGGAAAAUCCUCCAUUUACUGGAAAGAAUAUGCAAUUUUUUUUUUUCCAAUUUCUUUUCUUCAGUGGGAAGCAGUAGUCUCUGACUUGGAGCCUUGCUGAAUGGUUCCAGAAUCAGGUCAUCAUAACAGGAAGAAGAAAAAUGAAGGUGCUUGUUCACAGAACGAAAUGAAAUGCUGAGAAAUAAAUAAAGCUUCCCUCUUCUGACUCGGAUCUUUAUAAUGGGUAUCGGAAAGUCUAAAACGGAUCCCUGCCGUCUUUCUGUGCCUUGGGGUGAAAGCCAGAGUGUGGAUCCUAGCCACAGCCGGCACGCGUUGGAUUCCAAGCGGCCUGAAGACACCUGCGUGCGUGGUGAUGCUGUGUGCAGCCGUACUGCAGAGGUGCCAGCGGGGGAGCGGGACGGAGUGGAGGAGGGGCUGGACGAGGACACAGACGAAGAGGUGUUCCUCAAAUUUGUGAUACUGCACGCUGAAGAAGACACAGGCGAGGCCCUCCGAGUCCAGAGUCUGCUGGAAGACGACUUCGGCAUCAAACCUGGAAUCAUCUUUGCCGAGAUGCCGUGUGGCAGACAGCAUUUACAGAACUUGGAUGAUGCUGUCAACGGGUCUGCCUGGACUAUCUUACUGUUGACAGAAAACUUCUUAAGGGACACCUGGUGUAAGUUCCAGUUCUAUUCGUCCCUCAUGAACUCCGUUAACAGGCAGCACAAGUACAACUCCGUCAUCCCCAUGCGGCCCCUGAACAAGCCCCUGCCCCGAGAGAGAACUCCCUUUGCUCUGCGAACCAUCAACGCCCUGGAGGAGGAGAGUCGUGGCUUUCCUACCCAGGUGGAAAGGAUUUUUCAGGAGUCUGUGUACAGGAUACAGCAAGCUAUAUGGAAAGAGACCAGAAAUACGGUACAAAGGCAGUCUGUUGCCUGAGACAGCACACACAACACAAGACAGACUCGUGUUUUGUAAAACAAAACAAAACUCUUCACUUGCGAAAACAAGUUCCUAGGAAAGGUUUCAAUGAAAGAGAACCUUCCUGUUACAGAAACCUGUGGAGCCCAAGAAAGACAAAUGUCUGCAGGACAGUCCAUAGAAUUGUGGUAUUUGAUGUUUCCAUAAACUGGAAAUCAUCCGAGUUUCAAGAACUCUGUUUCCUCUCAGUUUUCCUGGUUCAUGAUUACUACAAAGGGUAUUUUAAAUUCAUCUUCCUAAUGUUGAACUUGAUCAAAAACUUAUAGACAUUUUAAAAAUGCAAUUAAUUACCCUUUGAUUUUGUUCUCAAAGGACACACAGAAAAAAACAUCCUCGAGAGAUCUGACCAGCCUGCCUUUCGAAGUACCUGUCGCGAAUGUUGUAACGAAGCACUCCCGGUGUUGUCACCCAGACACGGGGACAGCCAGGCUAGCACAUUUAGAAUGUUGAGUGCUGAUAAAUGUGAAACCCAAAAUAGAUGCGGCAGUGGUGGGGCUCCUUAAAUAAUCCAGUCAAAUGUCCUUCCCUUUCUGCUGCAGUUUACGUGCAGGCAGAACUGCAGGCUGUUCCCACCACAUUUGUUGGUACUGUGGUUAGGGACUCUGUGCCUGGUGUGGACACGACCCCUGGAGCCAGAAGCUCUCUAUGUUGGUCGUCAGCUAUGACCAGGGCUUUAUCUGAAGAGCUUCUGAAAGGUGGAUGUGUCCUUGACCAGAUGUUCUCUUUUAAAAUCAAUAACCUCUCCUCUGCAAGCUGUUACAAACUCCUGUCUCACACAGCGCUUUAUCAAGGAAAUACUUCUCAGUAGCCUGAGUGUGUGGGUGUAAUGUGAGUGUGUGUUGUGGAUUACUUUCAGACUUGAAGUGGGAAAUGCAUUUUAUGGUUUCUUGUCCCACACUGAUAGCGAAUCGGAGGCUCCAAGCAGACCAGUUCCUUUCUUUCCCAGCCCUUCUGCCCCAGCUGAGAUUGACGGUGAACUGCCAAGUGCAGACCAUGAAUGGGAGAGUGUAUGGGAUAGGAGAGAGGAAUGGGAGAGACCACGAAUGAGUCCGUCAUGCUGAAAUGAGAAAAGCACCCGAUAGGGUAUCAGAGCACCUGGUUCUUGUCCAGUCUUUUUCACUGAGGAGGAAUGUGACCAUGAGCAAGCUACUGCCCUCCUUCAUCUGUGAAAAGAAAAGGUUGGAGUGAUAAAUCUGCAAAGGGCAUUGUCCUCUUCCAGAAUGUGAACAACUAGGAACCAGGAAAGGGAACAAGCAAACAAAUGAUAGAAUUUCAUUAUAUGAUUUAUAAUUUAAUAGUUGCAGGAGGCUUCAUGUAUAUGCUCACAAUGAAAGGAUGUUGUGUAUGUUUGCAGCAUAAUUGACUUCUACUGCUACCCAUUAUGCUUACAGUCACAAAAAUAUCACAAUGCAUGCUUGCUUAGAUUUUUUUUAAUUAAAAAAAUUUUUUUCUAGAGACCUUUGCUGAAGAAACAUUCUGCCCUAUUUUUCUUCUCUUUAUCUCCACUUCUCCUCCAUAUCCCCUUGCUAACACUGGGGUUUGCUCACAGCUUUCUGCAGUCCGCCUCUUCACAGUCAUGAACCAACAUGUUUCAUAAUCUUGCAAGUAAGUCAGACCUCCCCCGCUACUAGUACUUAUUAAAGAUAAGAUUCAUCUCAUUGCAUGGUGACUUAAAAGUUCCCUUCUGUCAUAGUAGCUGACUACUCACUUUUCUUUUUCAGUUCUAAUGAUAAGCAUUUUUUUUUUUUUGCCAUACUGCUUCCUGUAUCUCCAGUUUCAUAUACAAAUAAAAUAUUAACUACUCACCCUUGCCUGCCUGCCUGCCAAAGUUGGAGCAAUUGAUGCUGGAUGGUGUUUUUUAAAUAAAUGUUUUUAUUCUUUA